GCCAGAGGACAGAAGGGUGAUUUUUCUGACAUCCUCCAGCCUGCUUCCCCAUAUAUGGAAAUGUUUACCCACCACACUGAUCUAUUGGAAGAGAAGGAGGUGACUCAGGGAUUAGGAGAAGCAGGAUUUGAAUUCUUGUUUCCAGAAACCAAGUCUCUCCCCUCCCCCACUCUCCCCCAUCCCUCCCCUCCAUUCCUUUGCCCCUUGUUCUGGAAGCAGAGAAGAGAAUAUCUCAGUGCUCUUCCCCUCUGGCCUUGGGAUCACCUCCUUGCAAUAGGACUCCGGGUGUGUGAAAGGGAGUGAGAGCCAGCGGAGGGCCAGCUGCCUGACAUCGCUUUCCCAUAGGUGGGAUCACUGAGGCUCAGCAAGAGAACUGAAGACGGAAUCCACUCACCUGAUUCUCAGUUUAGGGCUUUUCCUAAACUGAACACUCAUUGGAGGGAAGAGAUUUCUUCUUCAGUUGACUAGUGUUGAAGUUUGCUGAAGCUUGUGUCCACUGACCAUCCUACGAGGUUCCAACAAUGUCUCACCCAUCUUGGCUGCCACCCAAAAGUACUGGUGAGCCCCUAGGCCAUGUGUCUGCACGGAUGGAGACCACACAUUCCUUUGGGACCCCCAGCAUUUCAGUGUCUACACAACAACCACCCAAAAAGUUUGCACCAGUAGUUGCUCCAAAGCCCAAGUACAACCCAUACAAGCAACCUGGAGGUGAAGGUGAUUUUCUUCCACCCCCACCUCCACCUCUAGAUGAUCCUGGUACUCUUCCAUCUGUCUCUGGAAACUUCCCUCCUCCACCACCCCUAGAUGAAGGUUCUUUCAGGGCACAGGGAAAUCCGGGAGGCAAGACCAUUGAGGAGAGACGCUCCAGCCUGGAUGCUGAGAUUGACUCAUUGACUAGCAUCUUGGCUGACCUUGAAUGCAGCUCCCCCUACAAACCUCGGCCCCCACAGGGCUCUGCCAGUGCAACAGCCUCUCCUCCAGUCUCCACCCCUGUCACGGGACACAAGAGAAUGGUUAUACCUAACCAACCCCCUCUAACAGCAACCAAAAAGUCUACAUUGAAACCGCAGCCUGCACCUCAGGCUGGGCCCAUUCCUGUGGCUCCAAUAGGGACACUAAAACCCCAGCCUCAGCCAGUCCCAGCCUCAUACACUACAGCAUCCACCCCUUCAAGGCCUACCUUCAACGUGCAGGUGAAGUCAGCCCAGCCCAGCUCACAUUACAUGGCUGCCCCUUCACCAGGACAAUUUUACAGCCCAGGGUCAGGGCACCAGGGCUAUAACAUUCAACCAGUUCCUGUUGCUGGUCAAGGUCCACCUCCUCCAACACGGGGAGGCAUGGAUUAUGCAUAUAACCCACCCCCAGGCCUUCAACCUGAGCCUGGGUAUGGAUAUGGCCCUAACCAAGGUCGCUAUUAUGAAGCUUAUAGCCCAGCAGGGCCUGUGUAUGGAGGCAAAAAUGACUCUGAUCCUGCCUAUGGUCAACAAGGUCACCCCAAUACCUGGAAACGGGAACAAGGGUACACUCCCUCUGGGACAGGAAACCAGCACCCUACUGGCAUGUAUCCAGUUGCCAGUCCCAAGAAGACCUAUAUCACAGAUCCUGUUCCAGCCCCCUGUGCACCACCACUGCAGCCAAAGAGUGGACAAAUGGGAUCAAAGGGGCCUCCAGCUAGUCCACCCUCAUUCCGCCCUGAAGAUGAACUAGAGCACCUGACCAAGAAGAUGCUGUAUGACAUGGAAAAUCCACCUACUGACGAAUACUUUGGCCGCUGCGCUCGCUGUGGGGAAAAUGUCAUUGGGGAAGGGACAGGAUGCACUGCCAUGGACCAGGUCUUCCAUGUGGAUUGUUUCACGUGCAUCAUCUGCAACAACAAGCUCCGAGGGCAGCCCUUCUACGCCAUGGAGAAGAAAGCCUACUGUGAGCCCUGCUACAUUAAUACCCUGGAGCACUGCAGUGUGUGCUCCAAGCCCAUCAUGGAGCGGAUUCUCCGAGCCACCGGGAAGGCCUACCAUCCUCACUGCUUCACCUGUGUGAUGUGCCACCGUAGCCUGGAUGGGAUCCCAUUCACCGUGGACGCUGGCGGCCUCAUCCAUUGCAUUGAGGACUUCCACAAGAAAUUUGCCCCUCGAUGUUCUGUGUGCAAGGAGCCUAUCAUGCCAGCCCCUGGCCAGGAGGAGACUGUCCGAAUUGUGGCUCUGGAUCGUGAUUUCCAUGUUCACUGCUACCGGUGUGAGGAUUGUGGUGGCCUCCUAUCUGAAGGAGAUAACCAAGGCUGCUACCCUUUGGAUGGACACAUCCUCUGCAAGACCUGCAACUCUGCCCGCAUCAGAGUGUUGACCGCCAAGGCUAGCACCGACCUUUAAGUUCAGUGGCCUGUUCAGCUGGUUAGUUGGUGGUACUGAGAAGAAUAAAACACCAAAAAAGAAGAAGAAGAAGAAUACUAAGAAAAGCAAUAGGAAAAUAGAAGAAAGGCAUUCAAGCUAUAGGAUGGUCUCUGUUCUUCAUGUAGUAGGAACCUUUCUGUAGAAACACAUAGAUUAUAAGAUUUUUUUUUAAUGUUCUUACCAACUACACAUUUCACAUUUAGUUAUGUAGGACCUUGAUGGGCCUUUGUUCCCAAGGACUUCCACAUUUUUGCACGGAUUAUGCUCCAUCCCAUUCACUUCUGCAUUCCUGUACACUUUAAUCCCUCUGUUUGUCUCACUUUUCAUCUGGUUGAAUGGCUUUUUUUAGUGUGGUAUUUGCUGUCACACAGAUUUUCCUGGGUGAGUCUGCCCGCUCACAGGUGCUUUUAGGCUUGAAGUCUCUCCAUCCUAUCAGGUCCACGUUGCCUCUGAUCAUAAAUGAUAGUUGUUCUCUUUGUGUAUCGAAAAGCAUAUCUUUCUGUUGCUCUAAACGGUCAUGUCCCUUGGCAGGGGAGGGAGGGAAAUAUACAACUUAUAUGUUAGACUAUAAAGAAUUUAAGCUGUAAAUUAGAUAGGUUAAAAGAAGCCCACAUUUGUAACCAUCCAAAUCCAAAUCUAUAGUGACCAGUUGUCAGGGCUCAUUUGAAAACAGGUAUUAGUAAAAGAGGUCCAAAUUUCAAUGUUUUUCUAAAGAAAUUACAGGUAGAAUAUGCUGGAAAAAACAUUUGGGGUUAAGUUUGAAAAGCCCAUUAUUAUUCCACAAUAUCAUCUGAAGAUUCCCCUUUGCUGCCUAGACACAUUACAGACAAACUUGUUUGUCUCUAGAAUAUAACAUUUUCUUACUGUCCUACUUUUCAUAUCAGAAAUCUUGAUUUUUUUUCUAAUAUUCAAACAUGACAACCAAAAUUGAUUUUUCUCUCUAGUGAAAGAUAGCUUUAAAGAGCUGUUCAAUUCCCUGCUCCCCAGGCCCAGGUCCUUUUGCCUGGUAAUUGCUAAUCAGGGCACACAAAAUAAAAUUGUGUAGUUUUGUCUAGUUUACUUUAAAAAGACAGGAAAACUUGAAGAGUGUGAAACCACAGUUUCAUUAUUCUCUUAAUCCUUCUGCAACUGAAAUUACAUAUCACAGGAGACUUUUGAUGUGACAUUUCACCACACUUUCAAAGACAAUCACUGAAAAAACAUAGUUGCCUUUCUGUGCUAAAAAUAUGCAGAGUCUCUGCCUGGAAUCUUUAUUCAAACUCUGCCGGGCAGGGAAAUGCUUGCUUGCCGACUGUGGAACCGUACUUCAUUAGGUUCUAACUCGUUUCUUUCAUGAAGAGACACCUAUCUUAAUAACGGCAGGUUGCCGUCUUUAAAACUGAUUAAUAUUUUGGAUUGAGAUUUCUUAAACCUUUCUUCAAAUCUUCCACAAGUAUAUACUUUUAAAUUAUGAAGUAUUUUAAAUAUACACAAAAGUAUAAAUAAUAAUAUAAUGAGUCCCUGUAUAUGUAACACCCGUUUAAGAAAUCAAAUAUAACAAAUAUAGUUACAUUCCCUUGUGUAUCCUUCCCUGAUUCCACAAAUAGAUUUUUUCAUGAUUUUAAAGUAAUAGUCAAUUUUUCAGUCUGAUUUUUUUUUUUUAACACGUAGAACAGAAAUGAAAAAAAAAAUUCUGCACGUUUUAAAUCGGAACCCAUGCCUCAGGAAUUCCAAUUAAAUGUAUUUUACUCUAGUAAGAAUAAUCAUAAAAAUGGUUCUUUUUUUCUUUCUUUUCUUUUUUUUUUUCAAUAAGAAAUUCUUAAGCCUGUGGUCACUAUAGUUCAUCCAAGUUGAUUUGUGGCUCAUUUGCUUUGGUCACCAAACAGUUUUGUUUUAGAACCUCCAACAUUAUAUCUUUUUAAAGUUGUUUUUGACCACUGUCCUCUCCUUACCUUACUGCUCUUAUCUUUGAUCUUAAACUUCUCAUAAUGUGAACUACAAUGGGAUUCACUUUGAGUAGCAUGGAGACAAUAGCGAUUGUAUCUCUGAAUUUCUGUCUUCCAAAUGAAAGCCCAGACCAUGCUGCUGGCCUCACAGAGCACUGACUGCUAGACAAUCGGGGUGAUAAUAUAAUCUGUUUGAAUUGCUUCAGUAACUUUGUUUUCUAUGAUAUGCUUGGGAAAAACUGUCUUUAGGCCCAAAGCAAAGAGCCCAAUUUAUUAAGAAAUGGAUUUUAUCUCUUGAAUAGCAGUCAUAUUAUUAUACAUUUUGCCAAAAAAGGGAAGAAUUUAUGAAAUAUUUAUACUAUGAAUUGCAAUAACAUUCUACUUGUUUGUUACAUUGAAGUCCUUAUGUAACUGAAUGUUUACAAGCAACAAAGAAAAAAAUGUUAGAAGAAAAUACUGUCACAGACCCAUCACUGUGGCUGUGCCAGGAUACUGCUUGCUUGCAAUCUUUAUAGUGUGUUUUAUCACAUAACCUCAGAGUAUCUUUACCAAAGAUUUUUAAAAAGUAAAUCUUUUUUAAUAUAGACUUAUUAUACUUUUAUAUAAUAAUGAAUGUGCACACAUACUUACGCAGAAAUAUUUAGAUUUCUUUUUCUUUCACAAGGUAUAAUAAGGAAAGGAUCCUACAAUAUUUUAUUCCAGGAUUUCUUAAAUAUAUGAUCUAUAUUGCUUUCUUAUAUUUUCUAUUAAUCUUAUAGUUUAACAAAUACCAAAUCACUCCUUACUGUUUUAGUUACAUGAAAUGUUGCCUAUCACAAAGAUUUAAAGAUCAUAUUACCUUAAUGAAUAUAGUUCUAUUGUCUUUUGAUAUAUUGUCUUAAUUGUUGACAUUUAAAUUCAAAAUAAUAGAAAAAUAUCAUGGAGUCUAUAAGAGAAAGUUGGUAAAAAUAUACUGGUUUUAAAAAAUUGUCAAGAACACAAAUAUUUGGUAAUUCUAUGUAACAUGAGAGACAUGGGAGAAGGGAAAAAAAACCCACUCUGUCAUGGGCUGUGCACAUCAUUUUAAAACCAGAUUUCUUCAUUGCCUUGAUUUCCAGCUCCUGCUGACUCAAUGUGGAAGUACCAUAUGCAAACAAAAUUGCCUUUAAAAUGUAAAAAUAAGUCAUUGUUCCAGCAUAAGGCAACAAGGCUUUGAGAUGCUGGAAAUCUCUGCAGCUCAAAGAUGUGGGUUCUUUUUCUUCUCAUUAACAAAUUGUUUCUGUUGGAGCAACUUCCCUGAUCAAAAUUACUGCAUUGUGGAUAUGCUGAUUAAUGCAGUGGAGUUAUCAACACUGUAACUGUGUUCCACUAUGAAAGAUCCUUCAGAGAUGCUUAUGGUGAUGCUUAAAGUAUAUAGAACGCUAACUAUUUUUAUCUUGGUCCAGAGAAAGAGAGCACUUCUACCAUGGGGCUGUAGUAGAGGGUUUUGUGGAACAUAGCAAGGGCUCUGAAAACACAACUUUCCCACAGUUUUCCUCGUUAGUAAAAAUCCUGUUAAUGUGAACCAGCCAGGAAUAACAGUGUUAUUUCUAUGUGAUAUGGUUUGGGCUACUCUUGUCAAAUCUGUGUCUGUGGCCCCCUGAUCCCUCUGUUAUCAAGUUCUGAAGGGUGUUGGGGAAAUGCUGGCAGCUGCUAGGAAGAUCAGGGAAACACUGGUGUAACCUCACAGCCUCUCGCCAGUCCUCUUGGCUUGGAAAGGCUUUUUUUUCCAUAUACAUUUCUAGAAAUAUUGCUAUACUACCUUAGUAUUUCACAUUUGUAGUUUAAACAAGCGAUUGUCCAUCUGUUGCCUCGAGCUACAGUACAUGUGUGUUAUGAAAUAUGACAGCAUGUUCCGUACCCUGCUUUAGCCAUCUGUAGAAAACCAGUAGGCUGAAAAAGAUAUACCUCUGCGAAAUGUUCCUCGAGUCCCUAUCCUGAGAUUGCUCUUUUGGUGCACUUUCGUGGGAGACAAUCAGUGAACAGCAUCUAUGUGUGCCUUAUUUUUAAAGAAUCUUUACACUACAUAGGAAUACUCCACUGAAGCAUCUAUAACAUAAAUAUUAAUCCCUAAAUCUCAGAGGUAUCUUCAUCAAAAAUGUCCAACAAAAUCCAGAGAGGUCUGAACUCUUCAUCUUAAACUAUGCUAAUAGUAUUUCUUUUCUCUUUUAUGUCUUGGAAGUACCUUAUGGAUUCCUAAAUUGGGGAAACAUUCUUAAUGGCCACAAGGUGAUGUAUUGGAUGUUGUUAGUGAUUAUGUUUGGUCUUACUCUGGUUUUAGUCAGAUAAUGAAGACAAGACUUCACCUUAGACCUUUAACAGCCAUUCAGCAUAUCUACUUUUUGAAGUUGCCAUAGUUUUUUGUUGUUGUUGUUUGUUUGUGUGUUUUUUAAUUUAAUAGUGGACAGCACAAUUUGAGAAUCCUUGUUCUGAGUUAUUACAGUGCAACCAUGAACAUUUCAGGUUAAGUUAUUUACUUCACAGAUAACUAUAAUGAAAGUGUUCUCAUGAGGCUGUUGCUUGAUUAGCAUAUAAUUUCAAACCUUUAAAAGAUGAUCUGAUUAAAACUGCAACUUAGUGAAUUGUUCCUUCUUUUUCUCUCUCCUUUUUUCUUCUGUCCUUCUCUUACCAUCUUGCCUCUCUCCUCUCUGUCCUGCCUAUUAAUGCUAUCCUGCUUGGGAUUCCCAUAAAGAAAUCAAUGCAUUAUAGUCCUUAUGAUAUUAUGAUCAUAAUAAGGGAAAAGGGCUACCACAAAAUAUAUGUGGCAUCCAUAAACCCUUUCCUUAAAAGGGCAUAUAUUUCCAGAUUGUGUUUAUUUGUAAAAUGAGAUAAUAGAAUCUUUGAUUUUUAUUUUAAUGAGCUUUCAUCAAGGACUCAGAUCACAGAAUUCUUGGUAAAUUCAUUUAUGAUUGACCUUCUUUUCUCAGGUAAAUGCAAAGUAAUCAUUCUAAGACUAGCUUAAGAUUCUUUUGUUUUAAUCCAAAGCAUUUUUGACCAACGUAACAAUGAUAUUUAUAGUGAUGGCAUGUUAUUUUAUUCCACUGAAACUUGAUAAUUUUUCUUAAGGCAAGGAAAAACUAUUAUCCUUCAGGAAUUUUUAUACAUAUCAGCAUUUUGCCCAUGACAAUGAUAUUUAAUCUUAAUAGUUGAAUCACAAUAUUUUACUUACUCUGGUAGGUCAGCACCAGAGUUGUUCCUAGAACACAUAUUACUGGCCUUUAGACUGUUGAUAAAAGCAAUCUGAGAACAAGUCUCUGUCUCACAUUGAAGUAUUUUGU